AUGGAAAAAGUCAAGGAUUUCUUCACGACUAAGGAGAGGGAUAUCGAAGAGGCGGACAUCGUCCCAAUCAACGAGGAUAUCUCUCCUGUCAAGUCUGCUGCUUCUGAGUACGAUCCUCUUGCUGAACGUCUGUCCAAAGAGGUUGACGAUGAUGCCUAUGCUCAGAUCCUUAUUGAGGACGACUCUCCAUACCCUGAGGUCAGAGCUGCCGUUCUAUCCAGUGAUGACCCGACUAUUCCCCAGAACACCUGGAGAAUGUGGGUUUUGGGUAUGAUCAUGACCACCAUUGGAUCUGGUAUGAACCUGCUGUUCUCCAUGCACUCCCCAUCUUUCUACAUCACUUCGCUCGUGACUUCUAUUUUGGCCUGGCCCAUUGGUAGAGCUUGGGAGAGGGUUGUUCCAAAUGUGAACUUUUUGGGAAUCCCUUUGAACCCUGGUCCUUUCAACCUGAAGGAGCACGCUCUGAUCACCAUCAUGGCUAACGUGUCUUUCGGUAGUGGAUCUGCUUAUGCCACUGAUAUCUUGCUGAGUAUGAACGCCCAUUACGGUGUAGACUUUGGCUGGGGAUUUGACCUGGUGGCCAUCUGGUCCACCCAAUGUAUCGGGUUUGCUUUUGCUGGUCUCAUGAGAAAGAUUCUUGUUGAACCGGCCAACAUGAUCUGGCCCUCCGACUUGGUGUUGUCCACCUUUUUGACCAACAUUCACGUCAACGACAACCACGUUGCCAAUGGAUGGAAGAUCUCGAGACUUAAAUUCUUCUUGUAUGUCUUCAUCGCUGCUUUCCUCUGGUACUGGUUCCCUGGUUACAUCUUCCAGGCAUUGUCGUACUUUGCAUGGCCAACGUGGAUUGCUCCCAACAACGUGAUUGUCAACCAGGUGUUUGGCGCUUCUACCGGUUUGGGUAUCAUUCCUAUCACUUUUGACUGGAACCAGAUUAACGGUUAUAUUGGUUCUCCAUUGGUUCCACCUCUUUCAACAAUUGUGACCAUCUUCUUUUCUAUGGUGUUCAUCUUCUGGUUUAUCGUUCCAAUUUUGCAUUACAGAAACGUCUGGUACGGAAAGUACUUGCCAAUCUCUGACUCAUCAUCGUGGGACCGUUACCAAUCCACUUACAAUGUCUCAAAGAUUGUCAACUCAGAUCUCUCCUUCAACAAGGAGGCAUACGAGGCAUACUCCCCACUCUUUUUGUCCACCACGUUCGCCAUCUCGUAUGGUCUGUCGUUUGCUUCUUUUACCGCUACCGUUGUUCACACCGCCCUCUUCCACGGUGGGGAUAUUUGGCAAACUAUGAAGCAACUUAGAAAUGUCAAACCAGAUGUGCACUCCCGCCUGAUGAAGCAAUACAGAGGUGUUCCAGAAUGGUGGUAUGGAAUCGUCUUCCUGGUUUUCUUUGGUCUGUCUAUCGCCUGUAUUAGAGCAUGGAACACCGAAAUGCCAGUGUGGGCGCUUGUCGUUGCUCUUUUGAUCGCUGUCUUCAUGCUGAUCCCCGUCGGAAUAGUUUUUGCCAUCACUAACAUUGCUGUUGGUCUCAAUGUCAUCACCGAGUUCAUCAUCGGUUACAUGGUCCCAGGUAAGCCAAUUUGCAUGAUGUUCUUCAAGACCUUCGGUUACAUCACCAACAGUCAGGCUGUUACCUUUGCUCAGGACAUGAAGCUGGGUCACUAUAUGAAGAUCUCCCCAAGACUUCUAUUCUCUGCCCAAUUUAUUGCCACAAUCUGGGGUGCUUUGGUCCAAAUUGCCGUCAUGCAAUGGGCUAGGGGUUCCAUCAAGGAAGUCUGCCAGUCUACCCAGCCUUCUCAUUUCACCUGUCCGGGAGCCCGUGUUUUCUUCAAUGCUUCCAUCAUUUGGGGUGUGAUUGGUCCACAACGUCAAUACUCGCACGGUCAGACUUAUUACGGCCUGUUGUUCUUCUUCAUCAUCGGAGCCGUCACCCCUCUCUUCAACUGGCUUGUUUUGAAGAAGUGGCCAAACUCGUACAUUAAGUACCUCAACUGGCCAGUGUUCUUCUCCGGUACCGGUUACAUCCCACCUGCCACUCCAUACAACUAUGGUGCUUACUGCACCGUUGGUAUGGUGUUCGGCUGGUUCGUCAAGUCAAAGUGGUUCCACUGGUGGUCUAAGUACAACUACACCCUCUCUGCGGCUUUGGACAUCGGUCUUGCAUGGUCCUCGUUGAUCAUCUUCUUGACCAUUUCUUUGACCAACACUCCAAACAUCAACUGGUGGGGUAACAACGUCCUUAACACCAGUGACUAUGACGGCACAGCCAUCCAGGUUAUUCUCAAAACCGGCGAAGCCUUUGGCCCAGACAAGUGGUAA